AUGGGUGAGAAUGGAAGUACCAGCAGCUUCAACAGUUCCUACACCAACUUCUUCCUGGUGGGCUUCCCUGGGCUGAGAGAAUGGCGGCCCCUCCUGGUGCUGCCUCUCACUUUCCUCUACGUGUCCAUCAUCUCUGCCAAUGCCCUAAUCAUCCACACGGUGGCCGCCCAGCGGAGCCUGCAUCAGCCCAUGUACGUGCUCAUUGCCCUGCUCCUGGCUGUCAACAUCUGUGCUGCCACGGCCAUAAUGCCCAAAAUGCUGGAAGGGUUUGUGCACUAUGCUAACCCCAUAUCGCUGCAAGGCUGCCUCACCCAGAUGUUCUUUAUCUACUUCACCCUCCUUCUAGACUACAACCUCCUGCUGGCCAUGGCCCUAGACCGCUAUGUGGCCAUUUGCCAUCCACUCCGCUACACAGACCUGAUGACCUCCCGUUUGCUGAGCAUCCUGGCUAUUCUUGCCCUAACCCGGAGCCUGGGAGUGGCAGUGCCCUUGGUGGUGCUGACCUCACAAGCUCAAUUCUGCCGGACAGCUGUCAUCCGACACUUCACCUGUGAGUACAUUGCGCUACUGAGCAUAGCAUGUGGAGACUUGACCUUUAACAACCGGUUGGGGCUGGCCAUGAGGCUGAUCACUGUGACCUUCGACCUAACCCUGCUAGGAAGCUCCUACACCCGCAUCAUCUAUGCUGCCUUCCAGAUAUCUUCUGGGGGAGCCCGUGCCAAGGCCUUGAACACAUGUGGCUCCCACAUACUGGUCAUCCUCACCAUUUACCUCUCUGGUCUCUCGACUUCCAUCGUCUUCCGGGUGGCCAAAUCUGUGUCUCAGGAUGUCCAGAACUUGCUCAGUGCCAUCUAUUUGCUUCUCCCUGGAGCCCUGAAUCCUGUCAUUUAUGGAGUGAGGACCAGGGAGAUUCGGCAACAUAUAGAGAAGUUGCUGCACCACCGCAAGUAA